AUGGACAGUGGUAGCAAUUUCUUGGCCGAGUUUGACCACUUAUUAGGCAUUCCGCCGCCAACAGUCGAGAAUUCAAGCGUGGCGUCCAACACCUUCCCAGACUAUGCUUCCCCUUCAUUUGACCUGGACUUUUGGGGGUCCAUUUCCAACGACAAUACGCAGUCUUUCUUCACUGCUUCUCUGGAUCCCAUGAUCACUCUGCCAGGACUUCAAGUAGAUUACCAGCCCGGCACUACUACGGGCUCCCAAAGUACUGGACUCAGUCAGAACAACCUAGCGGUGUUCAACAGAUUAUCCGAGUCCCAUGAUCCCGCGCCCACGCAGGCUGCUGCGCCGGCCAAGCCAGAGUCGUCCACCACCUCGUCGAAGCCGCGUUUCUUGCCCCCGAAGGGCCCCCGCAAACAGCACCGGACCGGCUUCCGUCAACUGCCUGGAGCCAACGGAAAGAUCAAACGAGGCCGGCCUUCGAAGAAGGAGUACCAGCUGGCGGGCGUGGAGGUGGACAUGUAUGCGCUCAAGGGCAUCACUCUCCAUGGGCCGGCCAAGUCUUGGAACGAAGUCAAGGGCGGCGAAGCAAUCGCCAGAAGGGCCGGAGUGAGCAGGUCCAGCCGAAAAUCAAAGAGCUCCGUCUCAUCUGAUGUCAAGUCAAAGCCCGCACCCGGACCAUCCACUUUUCCCACAAUCCCGGAAGAACCUCUCUCCGAGCAAGUUCCGAGCCAGAGCUACAGCGCCCUCCAAGAUACGCUCCUCCCGCCAUCCGCCCAGCCUCAGGGGAAUUCCGCCUUCAACUACCAGUGGCCCAACUUGGCCGACAGCCAGAACUUGGCGGAUCAUGAAUUCCUGCCAGCUGUUCGUCCCAACUUAGAUUUCUCCCUCGGCAGGAAUUGGGAUAGCAGCCUUUCAAGCCAGUCGUACAGCACCACCAGUAAUGCCGUUGGACUUGAUGGUAAUCUUCUGCCUAAUAUUACUUACCCAGACUCCCAAUACAGCACUGGAGGCUCGUAUAACCCCACUCUAUAUUCCGAGCAAGUUCCGAGCCAGAGCUACAGCGCCCUUCAAGAUAUGCUCUUCCCACCAUCCGCCCAGCCUCAGGGGAAUUCCGCCUUCAACGACCAGUGGCCCAACUUGGCCGAUAGCCAGAACUUGGCGGAUCUUGCAUUCCUGUCAGCUGUUCAUCCCAGUUCAGAUUUCUCCCUCGGCACCAAUGGGGAUGGCCGCCUUUCGAGCCAGUCGUACAGCACCAUCAGCAAUGCCGUUGGACUUGAUGGUAAUCUUCUGCCUAUUACUUACCCAGACUCCCAAUACAGCACUGGAGGCUCGUAUAACCCUAACGUAUAUAACCAGUCCACAUACCCUUCGGAAUUCCCGAAUUUUCAACACUAA